AUGAAGUUGGCGGCACUGUCAUUAGCCCCUAGCGAUGGCGAGGAGACCGAGGGAAUCAGCAGGUUGACAGCCUCGCUUCAUCGACCUAAAUCGCUGCCCAGUGGCCUUCUUGACGGGAUCCUGCGCGGCGUUGCCCCCAGCUCCAGACUGCCCAUGAGCCUGCGGGAGCUCGAUGUCCUCCUUGCCUUGUGCAAAGCGGCGCCGGGUCUUCAACAUGUCGAACAUGCCCAGAGACUGGUAGUGCAGCUUAGGGAAUAUUUGCCUGAAUCACAUACACAAGUCUUUCAUUCCUCGCCUUUCCUUCACGAUAUCAAACCUUCGCCAUGGGAAGCCCUUACCUAUGACCUUACUCAUGCUCUCCUGGCAAUUGGACUCAGGUUUCCAGAACUGCAACUAAACAUAUCUGCAAGUAUAGAGGCCUACAUCUCUAACUGUAUCAAAUCUUUGAAUGCCAUUUCCCCCAUCACUCAGGAAGACCAUACAAGCAAUCAGCAUGACGACGAUCAGGACGCUGCCGAAAUUGUCUCGAUCACCGUUUCACUAAAAGGCUUCAUGGAAGCUGCUGCUUCACAUGCUCAUUACUGGCCAUCAUUAGAUAGGGUGAACAUCAUUCGACAACUACAGGGCAUGCUCUCCGAGCGAUUUCUAGUUGCAGUUGAAACAGCAUCUUCUACCAUACGCACUUCAUCCCACUCUGAACAUCAGUACCGGGAUUGGAGGAAAUACCUCAGAAGGUACGCGGCUAAAGGAACACCACUGGGCGCAAUGCUCCUCCAGCAAGGCUUCAUGCGGUUCGUCGUUGCCAGCACUUCGAGGUUUGUAGCUAGCGAAACCGCCGUAGCAGCAGGAGAUCUCCUCGACCACUAUAUGACAGGACAACGCUUUGGUGGCUUACAUGAUGCGACCGUCGAUGAACCCAUGAUCGAGUAUCUUACCGAGGUCAUCACAGACGAGAUACGUGUCUUGGAAGAAGGUUCGGACUAUCUUCAACUGAGCUCGGCAUGGCAGCAACGCCUUGCCUUCUCUGUGAAGGCUUUUGCCUUAGAAGCCUUCCUGCAUUGUAUGAUGGUCGACGAAGGUAUUGCCGACGCCGAAGUUCUGUUCGGCUGGCUCGAAGAUUCAAUGAGCAACGAGGUGCAAAUGGCGGAUGAAAAUCUUGCUGGCGUGGUCUUGAAAAGUUUUGCCAUCUUAGCGGAGGUUAUGGCCGAAAGUGCCGCAAACUUUGCUCGACUUUUGCUUCGUUUCAUUGUGCAAGGCACAUCUGCGUCCCCCAUAGUUGCCAUUGCCGCCGAAAGUUUAGCGCAUGUUCUCCGUAUUUUGUCUCAGGAUGCGGUUAUUACAACCUUGUACUCAUUGGGCAACGUGCUCAGUUCCGGCUCUGGGACUGAAAAAAUACACAAUACAGCCGCUUCUCCUAAUGGUCAUGUUGUGGACCAGCAUCAUUCCGGGUCUUUCACCAGAGUUCGAACGGGAAGUGUGAUAUCAUUGUCGAUGAGUGGUGAUGAGGAAACAUCAAUUGUUUGUGGCAAUGUCGCACACGCAAUCGCAGUGGUGGCCAAUAGCUGCAACGACAACAGGAUAACUGCUUUGGUCCAGUCGAUGAUACUACAGAAGGUCGGCAGAAUCAAUCUGGUUGUGGAUGCCCGAAUUCUUGAAGAGUCGGCGGUACUCGCAACAACGGGAAAGGAGAACGAGUUCAGAGCUUUACUUCGAUUCUAUUCCAGGCUGAACAAUGAAGCGCUAAAAAACAACAACACCAUCAUCAUAGAAGCUAUCCAUAAAGCAAGGAUGCAUCUCGCUGCCCAUCUUGACAACCAGACUCCCCUCUUUCGCAUAUUUGCUAUUCACCUGCUAGAACGAAUCGUCACCAAAGGAGAUGUGGUUGAAGGAGAUACGAAGCGCCUUCCAAACAUUGAGCAAGCAGCUGAGGAAAUAGCGCCAUUGCUCAAGCCCCUCGCAGUCGUUGUGUCGAGAAAGCCUGCAGAAAACACGGAAGGUUCUUUUGAAGAAGACGAUGAACUGCUCGCAAUGGCCCGUGAGGCUUGGUUUAAUAUCGCAGUCCAUGGAAUCACUCUUCAAUCGAGACUUGGUCAACAGUACUAUCAUGAACUCAGAAUCCUAGCGCUGAAUUCCGAACCAUUGGUUGAUGAGGAUCGAGCGGAGCUGUUGGAAAGCGACGUAGAGCUGAACACCAUCUUGAGAAGAUCUAUGACGGGACAGCAUACUGCUGAGCAGAAGAAGAAUCUGAUCAGUAUCCUCCCUCAUCGCGAAUCAGAAAUCAGGCACCUGAGUUAUCCGAAAGUGGUGUAUCUUAACGCAGCUUUUAUCGUGGAGGGGCUUAGAGCGAGAUCUGGAAAUUGCUCGGAGGUGCUCAAAUACUUCCUUGACCCAGUUAUGAAAGACAGCGACAUGGGUACUUGCAUGAGUGGUAUUGCUCAAGAGAUUAUAAACAUAUACCUCAAUAGAGCGGUGCCAGGAGAAUUCGAGGAGUUUGGAUCUGUGUAUGUGUCUCGGCAACUGGCCCAGAUAUUGACUGGAUGCUGUCACCGCAUUGCUAUGGUCCAACAGGUAGCCCGAACAUGUGCAGACCGCAUAAUUUCCCAGGUACCGUCAGCUCUGUGUCAGAAGUCGGCUCUUUUCGCCUUGCUCGAAAUCUUGACAACGAUGUGGUCAUCUUGUCUUGAUGCAGAGAUCGACGAGUAUGAAUUCAAAUCAACAUUCACUUCCACUCGCGGCAAGAUAACGUUGGAGCUGUCUGACGAUUAUGCGUUCCGGAAGCGGACUCUUAACACUUUCUAUGCUGAUGCCAAAAAAUGGGUUAUAGGUGUCUUAGCUAGUGCUCCGCUGGAUGUGAAAGGCCUGCUACAAACCUAUCUUUCAGAGUACGAUGAUACAGGAGCUUACGGCCAUGUCUCCUUGGGACGCUCAUUCGCGCUUGAGAUAGGCUCCAUAAUACCACCUUUGGACCAACGGUUACGAGCUAUCGAAAGACAAGCAGAACAUGUCAAUGUCAAUGUUGCCUCUGAUUUCAUGGCACAAUACACUACCAGGCAGGAGUAUCGUCAUGCUGAUGUUCCAGAGCAUGCCCGCGACAUGUUACCUCUUGUACAUACCAAAGAGCAAGUCGUGAAUGGCUACCUGAAGUCAAACGGUACAAAUCAGGAAGUGCAGACACUUCUCGAUGACAUUGAAUAUCGUGUCUCUGUAGGUUCUCAUAUUGCGGACAUCGAGCUAAGGGACGUCUUGCGCCGAGUUGCUGCUUUGCUAUGCCGGAGCAAGGGCCCGCAGAGUAUUAUUGUCUAUCAUCUUGUCAACAUACCCUUCCAGGCCUUCACCAAGGCGUCCAUCAAACUAGGCAUAUCGUUGUGGCUUGGAGUGAUCCAUGAAAAUCCAAGAAUGGAACCACGGAUCUUGACCGAAAUAGCCCAAGCUUGGGAGAGGACAAUUGAUCGUAAAGUUGGCAUCUUCAGCGACCAAUUCAAUCACAAAGAUCCGUUUUAUGUCAAGCAAGAAUUUGCGCCUUCGGACAAAGGAGCCAUUCUUAAGCACCAGCAGCUUGUCCAGAACAUGAUUUCGCCUCACUUGAGGGUGCAUCAAGUCUUUGCGAGUCAUUUCAACGCCAUCAGGCUCGGCAGCUUGAAUACUCAAAGAGCUUUUAUUCGUAUGAUUCGCAAGACACUCGAUGCCUUUAGAAAAAUUUCAACUCAUCCACUUGCGAGGGAAGUUUAUUUUCACGUCAUUCUACUAGCAAUGCAGAUACUACGCUUCAACACAUGCCUCAGCGAGAACUCUGCGUGGCAACUCAAAGACCAGCUUCUUUCUACGGGACUUCACUGGUUCAGCUUUCCCCCAGUAUGGUCAUUUGGUGGCAAUCGACUUCAGAUGAAAGCUGAACUCAGCAUCUUGGCUGAUGUGCUCUCAGCAUUAAGCGCGACUCAGCAUAUCGGGUCGACAACAAUUAACACGCGGCAGACUCUGCAACCGAAGCAGGAGCUUCUUCGGCUGCUCAUCGAAAGCGAAAGAAUACGCCUGGCAGUCUGGCUUUUCCCACUUGAGCAUUACCCUACCCACCUCGCUGUCAAAGAUACAGAUCUAAUCCCUUUACUCCGUACUGCAUGGUCCACUGAACCAGGAAUUGCUAUCCAGAUGGCGACUCGCUUUCGCUCUGAAGCACUUCGUCAAGCUAUUCGCUUUCUUCUUCUCAACUUCCCAGAAAAGGCUACUGGCGAGACGGAUGCUCUUGAAAUCUUGCUCGGACCCACUCUACCUUCAGACGUUUCGUUUCAGCUGAAGUAUCUACUUUACUGGGCUCCUGUCAAUCCGAUGCAGGCUGUGACAUAUUUUCUUCCUGCCUACGGGAAUCAUCCAUUUAUCUUACAGUAUGGUAUGCGCGCGCUAGACUAUCACUCGGUUGACGUUACCUUUUUCUACGUUCCCCAGAUCGUGCAAUGUCUGCGAUAUGAUGCACUGGGAUAUGUAGAGCGGUACAUUAUUGAAGCCGGGAACUUUUCUCAGCUCUUCGCUCACCAAAUCAUCUGGAACAUCAAAGCGAAUGCAUACAAAGACGAAGAUUCUCAAGUACCCGAUCCUGUCAAGCCCACGCUCGACAAGGUCAUGGACAGUCUGAUAUCGAGCUUCUCUCUCGAAGAUAGAGAUUUCUACGAGCGUGAAUUCGCCUUCUUCAACGAGGUUACCAGCAUUUCAGGCAAGUUGAAACCAUACAUAAAGAGACCCAAGCCGGAGAAGAAGGUGAAGAUCGAAGAGGAGCUGCGCAUGAUCAAGGUCGAAAUUGGCGUUUACCUUCCCAGCAAUCCUGACGGAGUGGUUGUGGGCAUUGAUCGCAAGUCAGGCAAACCGCUACAAUCUCACGCCAAAGCCCCCUUCAUGGCCACCUUUCGCAUUCGCAGGUCUUACGAACAGAGUGCGGAGAAUGUGGGCGACCUAGUUGGUGAUGCACCCAAGGAUCAGGAACGAAAACGGCCCAAGAAUAUUAGUGCUGGGUCGGCCAGCGACUUGUCAAUGAUGGGUGGCUUGACUACCGCAAACACCUUCGAAGUUUGGCAAUCGGCCAUCUUCAAGGUUGGUGAUGACUGCCGGCAAGACGUUCUGGCGCUUCAGAUGAUCGCAGCUUUUCGCGGCAUAUUCAAUUCUUGCGGUCUGGAUGUCUACGUGUACCCGUAUCGGGUAACGGCCACUGCGCCUGGGUGCGGCGUCAUCGAUGUCCUACCGAAUUCCAUUUCUCGUGACAUGCUUGGUCGUGAGGCAGUCAACGGUCUUUACGAUUACUUCAUCACCAAGUAUGGUGGUGAGGAUAGUAUCCGCUUUCAAGAAGCACGCGCCAACUUUGUUAAGAGCAUGGCUGCGUACAGUGUCAUCAGCUAUCUGCUCCAAUUCAAAGACCGACACAACGGAAAUAUCAUGAUCGACGACGCAGGACACAUUCUACACAUUGAUUUCGGAUUCUGCUUUGACAUAGCUCCCGGCGGUGUCAAGUUUGAACGUGCGCCUUUCAAGCUGACGCCCGAGAUGAUGGCGGUCAUGGGCAAAGAAUCGUCCAAUCCGCAGCCGUAUCGCUGGUUCGAGGAGCUCACUGUCAAGGCAUUCCUGGCAAGUAGACCGUACAGUGAGAAAUUGUCUCAUCUGGUGGCACUGAUGUUAGAUAGCGGGUUGCCCUGCUUUAAGCCUGAGACAAUGAAGAAUUUCAAGGACCGCUUCGUGCUGGAUCAGACGGAACGGGAGGCAGCGGAGUUCAUGAAGGGGUGUAUCCGGAAGAGCGAGGGCAACUAUAGCACCAAGUUAUAUGACGAGUUUCAACUGCUGACGAACGGGAUACCCUAUUGA